AUGGCAUCGUCACGUCCAUCAUCUAAGAAAUCGCUCUCCUUCGACUUGGAAGCAUACUGGGAACAUCGCUUCACCGCUUCGCAAACGCCUUUCGAGUGGCUGACAUCAAUUGACGUCACCGCCAGCAUUUUGCAAAGAGAGAUCGGGAAUGCCCUCAAUGAUGGAAAUGGCCGUUUUGACGAGAGCGGACCUUCCAUCUUGCACAUUGGUUGCGGGACUUCUGGUUUGUCGCUACGUCUGAGAGACUAUGUCCGCCGACCAGUUGACGUGCACAAUGUGGACUUUUCUCAGCAGGCUGUAGAACUUGGCCAGCAGAGAGAGAAAGAGUGUUUCGGGAAUGGAGCACUUUCUGGAGCCGGGAUAGGAGAUGAAGUUCGGGGGAAUCAAUCUGAUACUAAUACUAGCUGGAUGCGAUGGAGCAAUGUCGACCUUCUCUCACUGCACGGCGUCCUAUCAUUGACUGAUGAGGGAACAAUACGUUACGAUUUCAUCAUCGACAAAAGCACAAGCGAUGCCAUUGCUUGUGGGGAUGAUGUCGACUUCCUACCAACAUCCAUUGACCACGGAGGUGUGCAGAGGGUAACUAAGAUGCACCCCGUCGAGGUACUCGCCAUGCACCUUGCUGCUGUCACAGUCAUGGGCGGUCGCUGGAUCGUCAUCUCAUACUCCGCGGAACGAUUCUGGUUCCUAGAGGACAAUCCCAAGCGCCAUACAGAUCUCUUGUCGCAAGGCAAUACCGGUCAACAGUCCGGCGGGAAGGUCGAGCCUGGGAACUACUGGCGUCUUGAUAGGAAGGAGCCGAUAGCAGCAUCGGAAGCAGGGAACACACCGUAUGACAAUGUGCACCGGCCACAGAUACACCAUUGGCUCUACGUGCUCGUUAGGACGAUGGUGCCUUUUCAAGCAAGGCUCGUGCAUUGA